CCUGCCCCGCGGGCUGACUCCGGGAGCGACUCAACCUCGCGGGCUACUACUGACUCAAGCUCAAGCUACUGCGCCAUGCAAGGCCUCCGCGAGCUUGAGUCGCUCCAACAGCGACCCGUCAGCAGCGCCGACGAGCAGCCGCCAGCCAAGCGCGCGCGGCCGGGCAGCGGAAAGGCGGCGCUCGAAGCGGCAGAACUCCUCGCACGCGCUGAGCGGGAGUUGGAGGAGUCGCAGGUCGAGGUCGCCGCGGUGGACGAGAACGGGAUGAAGGCGAUGGUGCUGGCGGUCGAGCGGCGGAUCAACGACAAUAUGGCGCUGCGCAUGAAGUACCCAGACCGCCCCGAGAAAUUCAUGGACUCGGAACUCGAGCUGUUUUCGCAUCUCAAGCGGCUGCACGUGCUCGCGACGGCGCCUGAGCUCUUCCCGACGUUCGUGCGGACCAAGUGCGUCUCCUCGCUGCUCGGCUUGCUGAUGCACGAGAACUCGGACAUCUCAAUCGACGUCGUCGAUCUGCUGCACGAAAUGGCAGACGCCGAUGGCGCCGACCCAGACGACGUCAAGGCGCUGGCCGACGCGCUGGUCGAGCACGGUGCGCCGGCUGCGCUGAUGGAGCACCUGAAGCGGCUGGACGAGGCGGUGGACGAGGAGAGCCGCGCCGUGCACCAGUCGCUCGGCAUCUUCGAGGCGCUGCUCGAGGCCAGCCCGGAGCUGUCAGCGCCACUGGCACGUGACGCGGGGCUGAUGUCGUGGCUGCUUGGCCGGAUCAAGCUGCGCCCCUUCCACGCAAACAAGCUAUAUGCGACGGAGCUGCUGGCCGUGCUGCUGCAGCAGAACGCGCCCAACCAGGCCCUGUUCGGCGAAGAAGGCGGCGUGCUCGCGCUGCUCACCGCUACCUCGUACUACAAGAGGCGCGAGCCGCAGGCCCUUGAGGAGGCUGAGCUGGUCGAGAACAUGUAUGACUGCCUCUGCAGCGCGCUGCACGCGCCCGCCAACCAGACGCUCUUCCUCAAGGCGGAGGGCAUCGAGCUGAUGAUCCUCACGCUCAAGGAGCGCCGCUUCGCCGCGCAGCUAGCGCACGACGAGCACUGCGCCUCGCUGCUGGUCACUCUGCUGCACCAGCUGACCGGCGAGCGGCGGCGGAGGCACAACGCCACUUCCCCCCCCGCUUCUAUUGCGCGAGCAGGGCUCACCGCCGUCGCGGAGAGGCCUAGUACCAUACCUCCAGAGUACCGAAUCCCGUGUGGGCUGCUGGGCAAGCUUGCGGAGGGAGACUGCGAGAAGCUGGAGCGGCUGCUGCGCCUACACUUUUCCUACACCGAGAGGGUCGAGCUGGCGGCAGAGGCGGCGCUCGCCGUCAGCGAGGUUGGCCGCGGCGGCGAGGAGGACGAGGACGAGCUGGACGACGCUCUCUACCUCGCGAGGACGGGCGCCGGCUUGCGGACGCUGCAGCUGGUCGACACGGCGCUGUGCUACGUGGCGGGGUCGCGCGCCAAGCCGCUGCUGGGGCGGCUGCUCCACGGCUUGUACGAGGGCGGCGCAUCCCUCCACAGCGUCUGGGGAAACGCCGACGAGCACCUCAAGACUUGCGACGGCGGCGACGAGCCGCUGCCGGACGCGGCUGAGCAGCGGUCGGUGAGCGAGAUGGGCGAGGCCGUGCGCGCGCUACUGUCGAGGUACAAGUCCGCCGACGACGCGGAGGGCGAGGGCGGAGACGACCGGGGCGAGGGUUCGGCCGACGCCGCGGCCAGCAGCGCCGGGCCAGAAUGAGCAAUGCCAAUGGGGGGCGGGAAGUGCCGUACAAAGAGGGACGUUGCGGAAGGAUCGGUAGGACGC